AUGUCGAUUGCAUUGAUCAAGUCAUUCUUCACGGAAGAUGGAAGGGCAAGGAGUUGGAAGAGAGUCGUAGUGGACAGUGCCACAGCAUGGAUCCUAUCAAACUUCAACAGAAGACAACUCCGCAAAGUGUUUGGCGAAACUGAACCAGUAUACAUGGACUUUGUAAAGGCAAAAGGGUUGACUCCAGUGGUUGAGGAGCUUGGCCACGACUCAAGAUUGUUCUGGUUGGGACCCAGGAAGUCAGAGCGCGUUAUUCUCUACCUGCAUGGCGGAGCUUUCUUGUUCGGUGCUUUUAUAUCAUCUCCAUACUUUUGGACCCACACUCGAGAUUCAAUUGCACGCAACGGCAAGGAAGUCGACGUUGCAAUGUUGAACUAUACUCUUGUCCCCGACGCAAUGUUUCCCACUCAGCUGAAGCAAGCGGUGCUUGCAAUCCACCAUCUAGUAUCAACAGGAAUAAAGCCGGAGAAUAUUCAGCUCACUGGGGAUUCAGCGGGAGGUGUUCUUAUUCACGAAGUCAUCUCCCACAUACUUCAUCCCGUACCAGGCGUUCCCAAACUGGACUUGUCUGCGCCUUUGGGAGGGGCAUACCUCAUGUCUCCGUGGUCCUGUUUGAAGGACAGCUCACUGCUUCGAAACAAUCUAGGUAGAGGUGACGUCGUUCCAUUAUCGGCGUCCAUAUACUGGGGAUCUAAAGUCUUGGAUGGUGUCUCGGAAUCUGGUAUACCAUACCUUGACGGAAUUAGUGUUCCCCAGAACUGGUUUAAGGGGGUCGACAAGGUAGUCAAGCGUAUUCUUAUUAGCGCUGGAGACGCAGAGAUACUACGAGAUGCUAUCAUCAAAUACUCCAAGACUGUGGAGAAAUACCACAAAGAUGUCACAUUGUUCCUUGAUGAGCAUGGGGUCCAUGAUGACCCAUUCAUACUCUUCCUUGUUGGCGAGCCUAACAAGGGCAAGUUGACCCCAUUUGUAAUUAACUGGCUUGACAAGGGUUUUACAGCAUAG